AUGCCAGUGCAUUAUAAUUUUUUAGUCCGUGGUUUAUCAAUAUUUUUACCAAUCACAGGAUAGGACGCGAAAAUAGAUAGAUACGCGACGGACGCUGAAACAGUGAAACAGUUAACACUUAGCAGACAACGCUAUACGCUAUUUCCAUAGUAUUAAUUAUUAUAUUAUAUAUAUUAAUUAUUAAUUGUUGUAAAAUCCACUUCGUAAUGUCUAUCGGUGUUCCAAUCAAAGUGUUGCACGAAGCCGAGGGGCAUAUCGUCACAUGCGAAACGAUUGAUGGCGAAGUUUAUCGUGGUAAGCUUAUUGAAGCUGAAGACAACAUGAAUUGUCAGGUAUCGCAUGUGACAGUUACGUACAGAGAUGGACGUGUUGCCCAGAUGGAGAAUGUGUAUGUGAGAGGAUCAAAAGUGCGUUUCAUUAUACUACCUGAUAUGCUGCGGAAUGCUCCUAUGUUUAAAAGUAAAAUGACUAUGGGUGGAGCAGCAGGACGUGGGAAGAGUGGAAUGAUACGGUCAUCGGUUGGACGAGGUAGGGGACGUGGCGGUCCUCCGAUGGGUCGGGGAGGACCACCCAUGGGACGCGGCGGUCCUCCAGCAGCAGGAUCAUGGAACCAAAGACGUUAAUAUUAUAAGUGACAUCAAUUGUAAACAUAAUACUUCUCUUUUAAGGUUUUUAAAAGGUCCUAAAGGAUCAUUUCAAUUUAAAUAUUUUAUAUAACAUAAAUGUGUUCAAAUAAUUUUGAAAUAAAUACAUUUCACUCAA